AUGGAGCAUUCGAUCCCGUUGAGAACAGACAUGGACAUGCCGAAAUCUCGAAAAAAUCUUUCCUCCAAUCUUCUCUACAAAAUUCCACUUGGCAAGCAAGAAGAAGUUGAACGCCAGAUUGUAGAAAUGAUGGAACAGGACAUCAUUGAGCCAUCUACGGCACUCUUCAAUAGCCCCGUCGUAUUAGUUAAGAAGAAAGACGACACAUUCCGCNUACGGCACUCUUCAAUAGCCCCGUCGUAUUAG